AUGUGUCUCCAAGCUCUCUGUUUGACAGCACUAUUUCUUGUUAAAUUUUGUCACAUAAUCGCCCACCCCGUAUAUGUAUCUACUGGCGAAAAGGCGGUUUUGGAUUUUAUUUUUUCUCAUUCUUCAAAGACUUCGGCAGCUGUUGUACAGUGGACAUUUUUGCCAUUUCUCUCUUCCAUACCGAAAGGUGAAAAUGUAGAAAACGGCUUUCACCUGAAUACCAGCUAUCAUUCAUCCAGAUAUAAGAAUGACAUAUCCCAAGUGAUCUGCCCAGAGAGCUUUAUCGGCCCACCUGGACGCACCUGUCGGCUAGCUCGUCUCAGUAUCAGCCAAGUUAUUCCUGCGGACGAGGGAAUCUACCGCGCUCGCAUUGUUGGCACCAACACUACGACUGCUGACUGCUAUCCCUGCACUGGCGAGCUAAAACUCCGUGUCCUUGUUGAUGAAAACGAUGUUGGGCAACCGAUGAGCGGUGACCAUUCGGAUGGCCUGAUGUCAUCAGAAGAUUUCAUGGGCUCAAACGACGUGAAGAUAACAGAAACAGUAGCAGCACCACCAGCAGCGGCUGCAGUGCUAAAGUUUCUGCUGCCGCUGAAAGAUAUUCCGAUCUACUUUUAUGCGCCACCCUUCUCCCUCGACUUCAACAUGAACAGCACGGUGUGUGUGGGACAGAAUUUUGAAUUCCAAUGCCGCGCGGAGCCCAUCAACUAUGGCAUCAAUUUAACUCUUUACCGACUAGAUCCCCUCUUCACACUUUCCAGUCUUGAAGAUGCGAACAAUCAUGGAACAGGCAUCGACUUCAGGAACACCAAUACCCGAGUUAUACAGACAUCCACCAGAAGGAAGGCCAAGAGCCGACACCUGAAGUACAAACUCCACUCCGUCGGUAUGAACGACACUGGUGGCUACCUCUGCGUGGCUUCAGUGCCUAACAUGCACGCAGCCCGAUGGAGUUACAUGUUCCUCCAGGUGGAGGAUUGUGCCAGCCUCAGCGCUCUGGCAUCCACAAAGCCCUUCCGCGAACGCACUUUGGAGGUGUUCACAAGUCCUUCAGCCCUCACCUUUAUCUGUCUCCUGCUAGCAAUUCUCCUCGUGACUCUGACAGCCCUGGUAUUUCUAGCCUGGCGUCGACAGCAACUUCCUCUCUUUCUGUUUGGGUCCAAAAAGUGGAGCAAAGCGGCCAACAAGGUGGUGAGGGAGACUAACCUACUGUACCCGUGGUCUGCACCUCCCUUUCACAAUUGCUCCCAUCAGGUAGCCAAGGAUGCUACCAAUGCUUCAACAGCCUCCUACGUUGGAAUACGAUCUGGUGGUGCAUGCUCCAGAGUAGGAAGAAAUCUUCAGGUGCCAGCUGUGAUAAUUCAGGUGGACGCGUCAGUCACCGCAGGAGGUGACGGUGGUGGAGGCGGUGAGAAUGGUGGUGAAGCAGAAGGCAAGCCGAGCGCCUACAAGAUUCCCAGCGACCCCGCUUGGGAGGUGCCGCGCGACUGCAUACGUCUCGGUCGCCAAAUUGGCGCUGGCGCCUUCGGAGUGGUCUUCGCGGGCGUGAUUAGCGAGCCUGCCAAAGUAUUGCCUGGACUGCGACGCGGAGAUCCUCUCGAUCGGCCUCUUUGCAGUGCACAGGAGCUCACUGUUGCUGUAAAAACACUUCGCAACAAUUUCACUGAACAGGAGUUGGCAGACCUGGUUCGCGAAAUGGAAAUUCUCAAACAAUUCGAGCCGCACCCCCAUGUCAUCCAACUCUACGGUGCCUGCACACAAAACGGCCAACUACAAAUGUUGGUUGAGUUGGCGCCUUAUGGAAACCUUCGCGACUUUCUCAUGGAUCGCAGACCACGCGCUGGGCAAAAAGUGAUAAAUCAGCCCCUCUCCCGACUCUCCACUAGGCACCUUGUCAGUUUUGGAUUGCAAGUUGCACGAGGCAUGGACUACCUCACUAGGCUGAAUAUUGUCCAUCGCGAUCUAGCGGCUCGUAAUAUCCUUAUUGGCAACAGAUUUGUGGCCAAAAUAGCGGAUUUUGGACUAACAAGGGCCGUCUGUGACUACUACAAGAAAUGCAGUGACGGGAGACUACCAAUCAAGUGGAUGGCUCCUGAAUCCAUAUUCGAUCGUCGAUAUACUACUAAAAGUGAUGUAUGGUCUUUUGGAAUUCUUCUGUGGGAAAUCUUCUCCUUUGGUGGAACACCCUAUCCGACCCUGUCAGCAGAGGCGCUCUUAAAGGCCCUUCAAUUGGGCUUCCGGAAUGAGCAGCCACUCGCCUCACCGUCGUCCGUCUACAAUCUCAUGCUCGCCUGUUGGUCUAUCGACCCGGUGGCCAGACCCUCCUUCGCCCAUCUCGUAUCUUCCCUCCAGCAGGUCUACGAUGACACCUCGGCUUCUUCCUCGAUUUCGUCAGCGUCUUCCUCGUCUCUUUCGUCUACUUCUUCAUCCUCCUCCCGAUCCUCCUCUCCCACUGUCUCCACCGUCUACUUGACCUUAAACAACACCAUCACUAACGUCAACACUGACAGCAACAACGGAGGUCUGCAUAACUACAAUAACCAGGGCGUACACACCAGCACUGUCAGUGCCCCGAUUUCCCCGUCGAUCUAUGAAUCGACUGCCCCUCGAUUGCCUCUCGGGGAGCAGUGUCCAUCCUCCUCUCUCUCAGGGAAUUUCCAAGGUUAUCAGGGACCUUUGGGGCCACCGACAGUCUUUCCGGUUCGCGCGAUGGAGGUCGUAUUUAUUCAGUACCACCACUACCGUCGCUAUGCCCCAUCGAUUCUCCCCUUUUUUGCGUUCUAA